AUGGCGCAGUCUCCGAAAAGAACCCCUCCUUCGGUGAUGGACACCGUCACCGAACAAAUCGGCAACACCCCUCUUGUUCGGCUCAACAAGCUCCCCAAGAGCCUGGGUAUAGAGGCAACUGUUUAUGCGAAGCUGGAAUUUUUCAAUGCUGGCGGCAGUGUCAAGGACCGCAUUGCCCUGCGCAUGAUUGAAGAGGCCGAGCGCUCAGGGCGGAUAAAGCCAGGCGACACAUUGAUUGAACCGACCAGCGGUAACACGGGAAUCGGAUUGGCCCUUGUUGCAGCUGUCAAAGGAUAUAAGGCGAUCAUCACAUUGCCCGAGAAGAUGUCCGCAGAGAAGGUUGCGGUGCUUCGUGCCCUAAACGCAACCAUCAUACGUACCCCUAACGAAGCGGCGUUUGACUCCCCCGAAUCACAUAUCGGAGUGGCCAAACGUUUGGAGAAGGAGUUGCCUAAUGCGCAUAUUCUGGACCAGUACGGAAACGAGAACAACCCUCUAGCGCAUGAAUUUGGAACCGCAGAAGAGAUCUGGACUCAAACGGAAGGUAAGGUCAGCGUAGUAAUUGCUGGCGCUGGUACCGGUGGUACGAUCACUGGUAUUGCCCGUGGCCUGAAGAAGCACAACUCUUCCAUCAAGGUUAUUGCAACAGAUCCUCACGGAUCCAUCCUUGCUGUCCCCGAACCACUGAACAAGGAGCACCUCAACGAGCCCUAUAAGGUCGAGGGUAUUGGAUAUGACUUUAUUCCUGAUGUCCUUGACCGGGAGAUCGUUAACAAGUGGUACAAGACCGGAGAUAGAGAGUCGUUCAAGUACGCUCGACAGCUCAUUGCUGAAGAAGGCUUGCUUGUUGGUGGCAGCAGUGGGAGUGCUAUCGACGGUCUAGCCCAAGCUGCAAGGGAUGGUCAGAUUGGCAAGGACGAUAUUGUGGUCGUUGUCCUGCCUGAUAGCAUCCGAAGCUACUUGACCAAGUUUGCUGAUGAUGACUGGCUUGCGGCCAACAACCUACUCCCUGCAACUGUUCAAGUACCACAAUCACCACAACUACCUCCACAGGGAUCAACUGACCAGUUCAAUGGCGCCAAAGUUAAAGCCCUUCGUCUCAAGCCUGUCACCACGGUGUCUGCCAACUCGCCUUGUUCUACCGCCAUCGAGACCAUGAGGGACAAGGGCUUCGACCAGCUCCCAGUCCUUGCAGCUCAAGGCCGAAGACUGGUUGGCCUUAUAACUCUCGGGAACACCCUCAGCUGGAUCUCCCGUGGCAGAGCUACCGGCAACAGCCCAGUCUCAGAUGUCAUGUUUGACUUCUCCAAGAUCUCUGAGAUCAUCACUGACCCACGAAACCUCGACAAAGUUCCAAAAGCCUCUGAUGACCACGCUGGCAAGCGCAAGGGGUUCGUUGAAAUCACCAUGGAUACUCCCCUGAGCGUCCUCAACCGUUUCUUCGAAUGGAACAGUGCUGCCGUUGUGACCGAAAAGGAUGAAUCUGGCCACAUGAAACCACUCGCUGUUGCAACCAAAGUCGACCUCCUGACUUGGCUCCUACAGCAGAACAAGUUGAGCUAG